AACAUGUAUUGACGGUGUGAAUAGCUACACUUGUGCUUGCGUUCCUGGCUUUGAAGGAAAGAACUGUACCAUCGGUAAGCUUUUAAGGUGCCGCGGAGCAAAUUUUCGUCCGAUAGAGCACAGUAAAAGUCAUAAAAAACUGCACCAAUAGUACACUGUAAGCUCUGUAACAAUUUUCAUAAACAUCUUAUUAAUUCAUCAGCCAAUGGAAAUGUUUUCAAGAAGUAAUAGAGCUCAUUUACUUUCGAAAGAGCACCGUAAAAGUGUUUGCUUUUUGGUAUUUCAUCAGAUAUUGAUGACUGUUAUCCCAGCCCGUGUGAAAACCACGGUACUUGUGUUGACGGAGUGAACAACUACACUUGCGUUUGCCUACCUGGCUUUGAAGGAAAGACCUGCGCCAUCGGUAAGUUGUUAAACAACAUUAAUAAACGCCCGUUUCAAGUUAUUAGUCAACGGGAACGUUUUGAAGAUGGAUUGGAAUACAUUUACAUUCGAUAGACCAGCGAAAUUCGUCUUUAUCGUAUAAAUUCUGUUUUCGUCGUUAUGGUUGUUGUUUAUUUCAGACACUAAUGACUGUGAUCCUUACCCGUGUGUAAACAAUGCAACACGCAUAGAUGAUGUGAAGAACUAUACUUGCGCAUGCCCACCUGGCUUUCAAGGGAGGAACUGCAUCAUCAUAAGUUUUUUUUUUUACGAAGGAAACUGUAGAACGUGUUUUUAAGUUAAAGUGUAAAUUUGGACGGAAUGACUUCCGUGGUUCAUUUGAAAGGCUUCUCCCAUCCUUCACACCAUUUUACUUUGUGAAAGACUAUGAUACGGCCAAAAAUUUUUCUCACGUAAGAGCUUUAAUUUAUGAGGGGUUUUUUUAUGCACGAUUGCUAUUGCUGUAGUGCAAUAUAAAUUCCUGAGGAGGUAGAAUACUUUUCGUGGUAACGUUUUUGUUGGUUCGUUCAGAAUUACUAUCCUUCAAAAAUCCCGUUAAUUAUUCUGCAUCCAUGAUUGGGUUUUUAACACCGGGUAACAAUAACUGAUCGAACGUUUUUUCCAGCAAAGGAAAGUGAAUUAUUGCAUCUUUUAAGGUGGCUUGAUAGGGUUUUUCUAGCAGUCGGCUAGAGCUAUGCCCAUGACCUUUCACACACGUUAAAAAAAUACUGAAACUAGCAUGAGUUGAAAUUGCAUUUCAAAGCCCGUCGUUUUUCACAUAUGACGACCGAAUAUCAAUAUUGUCUAGUUUUUAUCGUGUUUUUAACCAUAAAAACUGCACCCGAAAUUAAUAUGACUCGAUAAAGCUCUUAAAGAUUUCGCUUAAACUUCACGAACAUCGAGGAGAAAAACGUUACCGUAAACAAUUUUGGAAGACCACUUCCCAGUGCCUAGAAGUACGGCUGCAAGUGUAGUUCUAAUUUUCAAUUUGUGGAUGAAAAAAUCUCUUCUAUGUUGAUUCUCGGUACCCUUUGAGGUGGACAGAGAUUACAGACCAGAGCAAAUCUGUGUUUACUCUACCUGCAAAAGAAAUAGUUCAGUUCUCCACAUUAUGUUACCAUGAAACUUAUAAAACUGUAGAAACAAGAAGUAUUUCCAGAAUGUUAUUUUGUUGCAAGACAAGAGCUAAUCAGGCGUGGGAAAACUAAACGACAGAAAGGAACAGUAGUUAGUUGUUUUUCGCCUAGUUCUGUUCUUCGCUGUGAUUGGUCAUAAGGCAAUAAAAAUUCCUAAAAUAUUUCAGGUGUUGAAUGAUAUAUUACUUUGACAAUAAUUCUUUAAACUUUCAUCACAGUCAAACCUGCCCAGUGUGAGCAUGACCAAUUUAGAUGCAAAAAUGGCGAGUGCAUAGAAGCCAGCCUUGUAUGUGAUGGUGUUCCAAAUUGUCUAGAUUAUUCGGACGAAGAAGGUCCCCUUGCCGACUGCGGUAAGUGACUACCAAUUCGACUCUCUCUAGACUAAGACCAAUCUCUUUCAUUUCAAUAAAUAUCUGGUAACGCUUUCCUUCUUCAUCAAAAGAUGUUUGUAUUCUCGUAUUUCCCAUCUGCUAUCUGAACAACAGAUGAUAAGUUAAUUGGGAAAAAAUUGAAUAUGAUGGAAUCUGCAGCUAAAUUUCUUCCUUCUUGGGCUGUGUGGUGGGUGGGAGAACCCCUGGGUGAAUAGAUGUAGUGAUUUAUCAUAAUUAUUUAUCCCAAGUAUCCAGCCUGCCCUGCCUAAACCAUUCACACCUCACAUUCCCAAUGAAUCAUUCUGGUGAUAUUGUCGUGUCUCUUCUUAUCCCUUUUUUGCGCAAGUUUGCUGCACUCACUAAUGAUAUGGGGGACACUUUCACCUUUAUGUGGCACAUUCUACACUCUUGUCUACAUGAUAAUUCGUCCUCAAAGAUAGUUCUUGGGUCGCACUCAGGGGCGUAGCUAGGGAGGGUCCUGGGGGGCCAGUGACCCCCCCUUGGUAGGCCUUCUUUUGAGCUAACAACCUACAAUAUUCAGGUGGCGAAAACGCCAUGACAAUAUCUUCGCCGUAAAAGCCAUUGUUGAAAAGCCCACUUUUUUAAAAAUUGUCUUUUUGUAAAGUAUUUUCGUCAACGGCUCUUGUCUUUAGUUAAUAUGGGCCUUCAUGCCGCGAUAAUACGACUGAGCCCGCUGAUACACGAGAGAGAGGAGAGGUAUAAUUCAUAUAUAGUCGGCGAUCCCCGGAUAGUGUCCCUGCUGUGACCCCCCCUUUGAAAAAUCCUGGCUACGCCCCUGGCACUCGAGAACUUCAGUGUUGAAUUCCAUGUUUCGUUGUCCAAGCAUUUUCUUUUCCCUCCAUUAUUUCACUUCUUCUUCUACUGCUUCCAAAUGUACCACUCCUGAUGUUUUCACUGUCUUCAGCAACUGCCCCCCAUUGCUGUUCCUAACCUACCAUCCAACACUGAUCUUCUCGCCCUGGAUACAUCUUAAGCAACUUAUCAAAACCCGCCCAUCUUAUCCUCUUGGCAUCAGUGUCAAGACUGUUAAUAUCACUCUUACGGUGAAGUGCACCAUACAUGGCCAUCACCUUCCCAGUUUUUCCGUCCAACUCCUCUGUUGUCCACUUUAGAACUCCUGCUCCGUACCGCAGCAUGGCAGCCGCCCAUGUAUUGACUGCCAUGAACUUGUUUCUUCCGUGAAGUUUUGAGCUCAGAAUCAGCUUGACGCGUCUCUUAUAUUCCUUCUUGAGGUGUCGUUUCAUUUCUUCGUCCUUCAUUUUAUCUAGGGCUAGAAUCCCAAGGUAUCUGUAUCCACUUCAUUAUUUUCCCGCUAGAUUGUUGGACAGCUCAUGUACUUCACAUAACAUUAUUAUUGUUAUUAUUAUUAUUAUUGCUAAUGACUCAGACUCAGAUUUACAGAUCGAAAACAUUAGAGCUCGCCCGAAUUAAUCUUAACACGAGAUUUUAUUCUUUUCAGCUUGUUUCUUUUUCAUAACAGAGACAGAUAGUUUUCUUUUGUCAUGACUUAAUUUAGAACACUGGACUGCCUACAAGAGUUAUUGAUCGCAUCUAAGCCGCAGGGAAUGUUUUAAUGAAUAAUGCGUUUAAAUUCUUUCUUUCCCCAAAAUGUUUCUCUACAUUAUGUACAUAUUUUCAAAGUUGAAUAAAAUUUUUUAUUAAUUUUUAAUAAUAAUUAUUAAUAUAAUAUCAUAGGUGAUGAAUUACUCCUUAAUUUUGGCGCGAAAUUUCAGCGUUAAUUUGUAAUUUCACAUGUGUCAAAUGGUGACGAGUGAAAUUAGGGAAUAAUUUCACUUGCGUUUUGUCUAAAUCCUAAUAAUUUCCCGAGCCUUUAAAGGCGAGGGACAUUAUUAGGAUUUGGACAAAACACGCGUGAAAUUAUUCCCUAAUUUCACUCGUCACCAUUUGACUACACAUACUAAUUCGUAUUAUUAUUAUUUUAUUGAACUUUAAAAAUAUGUACAUAUAAUUUACAGAAAUAUUUGAAGUAAGAAUUAAGCACUAUAUAACAUUAAGAAUUAUAUAAACCAUAAAAAAUACACUGUGUCAAUAACGAUUUCCCAAAUACAUUCCUUGCGGCUUAGAUGCGAUCAGAAACUCUUACAGGCGGUCCAGAGUGUUAAAUUAAGUCCUUACAAAAGAUAAUCAUCCGUCUCUGAUAUUUAAAGGAAACAAGUUAAAAAGAAUAAAAUAUCGUAUUAUUCCUAAAUUCCUAAUUCGUUAAAAAAAAGUUCUCACAAAAAUAAGUAAAUAAAUAAAUAAUAAUAAUAAUAAUAUAAUAAUAAUCAAUUAGUUAAUUCGGCAGGCUCUAAUAAUUUCGAUCUGUAGAUCCGAGUCGAUAAAGUCUAGCUGUCGUCUUCUGGAUCUUGAGCCUCUCAAGCAUAGUAUCGCAGAGCGUACGAUGGUGAAAGAUACUUUAGCUCUUAUCCAGGAAAUUGCGCUUGAGUAACUUUCUCCCUUCUUAUUUGCGAUCAGCUCCGCAAGUCCGCUGUGGUAGUUAACACACUCAUCCGCCAUUCCACCUGUGGUCCUGAAAACUAGGGGAGUAAACGUUCCCUGUUCGAUCUCCAUUACUCUUUCCGCAUACUGCCUCUUCUUCUCAUUCUCAUGCUUCUUGCAGAUUCCGUAGGAGUCAAGUCUAUGUAAGAGUCUGCAUUAGGGUGACACACCCGAACGUCGAAGAAUGCAGAUCUCUGUCUCUCCCAAAAACCUCGACAUGAAUACCCAAACGGGCAUCACGGGCUUGUUAGCGCCAUGAUUUAAUGUCUCCCCAGUGACCUCCUGAAGGACCGGCUCUACUUCCACAUCAUUACAGACCUUCCUUAGCAUCUCUGCUUCCAAGUCGCGUAGUUUGUUAUGGCGCUGGAUAGUGAAUCCGCCGCGCUGACACACCAUUGCGUGAUCCACGCUAAAUUGAACACCGCAUGCGCAGAUCAAGGGCGUGUCUGUUGUUUCCCAGCCGUACUAUUAUUAUUAUUAUUAUUAUUAUUAUUAUUAUUAUUAUUAUUAUUAUUAUUGAAAUGUAACAUAGCUCAUGAUACAUUGAAGCUGGUUUCUUCAUAAGUUUCAGGAAGAACGUGUAAAAACAAGUUACCAAGAGAAGCCAAUAAACCCCUGUUUUAGUUUUCUCUUCUCUCCACCUCUCCAGCACCCCAACAAUACACAUUCAUUUUGUAGAUCAGUCCCAUAGAAUUUCCCAUAUCAAAGAACUAUCAUUUAUUGGUUUCCACAGAAUUAGUACCUGAAGCAACUGUGGCUGCUCAAAGAGGGGGACAGAAAAACACAAGUAAGAACCACUGUUAUUCUGCUAGUGAUAACAUGGUCAGAGAAACGCCGUUGAAAUCGCGUUAAUUAACAGCUAUCACAUAUAAACCUCCCGUUUGUAGCUUAAAAAAGUCUUACUUUAUUUCUCUAAAAGACUCUGAUCUUGGAGUUAGUUAUCUAUUACACACAGCGAGCUUACAUCGUAGUAAGGAGAGGACAAAAUUUGUUACGUCGUCUGGGUGUUGGGCCGUUGUUAUCGAUAGAUCUCAAGUAGUCGCUUUGGAGCGAGAAAUACGGAGGAAAAUCUUAAAUGGCCGCCCCAGAGAGUGGUCGUGGUCGGUUAACCGCCGCCCAAUUAGGCCAACUGAAUGAGCACCGUUCUGUCGAGAGGGAGGCGGCGGAGUGAAGCCCUGGCUUUAACAACACCCAGGUUCUUUAUAAAAUUGGGGAAAAACCUUUUUUUGUAGUAGAAUAUGGAAACAGUUAGACUUUCUAGACUUCUUGAAUAAGGAUGAUAAACUGUAGGUCCCUUUCCACAAACCUUUGCUCAUUUAAAAUCUUCUUGGCGCUAAUGAAACCACACACAGUUCGUAAAGAGUAGGCAACUUAGAGCGCGGUGUUAUGAUCUAUCUCUAUCACCAUGUGGUUGUCCUUGCUGGAUAAGCUUGAAGUGCUUAUGAACGAAUGAGAUCACAACACACGUACGGCAAGAAGUUACUCUUUUAGCUGGGUGCUGGACCUCCCAGUGCCCAGAUACCCAAGAACAAGAGGUUCGACUAUUUUAUUCAUUUUUUAUUGAAACUGUCGAAGUGGAAGGUUGAACUAAAUUACGAUUUCUUGCUACUUGACAUCAGUCGCAAUAGUAGUACAUAAAAAUUAUUAGAGAAUGGGCAUUACUUGAAUCAAAUAAAAGAAAUUGAAAACAUCUCAUUGAAUUGUUUUUCAUUACUGAAAAAAACCGCCUAAAACCGUUGGUUAUGAUUAUUUUCUUGCAGUGUACAUUGGCACCGGCGUAGCUGCAGGGAUUGUAAUGAUCAUUGUUGCUCUUGUGCUGGCCUACUUUAUUAUGGCGAGGAAAAAGUAAGUCUAUAACUCCAGUCCCAGCUCACAACAUUAGCUUUCAAAAAAGGAAUCUUAUCCCGACUAUGCGGGUUACCUCUCCUUAAAGCUAUUUAACCCGCGGGCUGAGAAAGUUACCCGGUCGGGCAAAUGGGGUAACCCGCCUUUACAGGUCGCUCUGGUCUAUCAUAUAAACGUGAUCAAAUUAAAAUGAGAAAUUGUAUUGACAAGCGGGUUAUCCCACCGUACUGGGGUGCCCCACCUCUUAUUAAAGAGACCCUUAGUAACAGAUGUGAAGCUGCACUUCCUUACUUUAACCUGUGGCCUCCUAAUUUUGAUGUUUCAAUAUCCUCCUACCUCGAAACGGUUGGCACUUCGUUUCAUUGUAACUUCAUUAAAUUUUCCUGGACGCAUCCUCGGACGAUUUCACGAAUUUUAAUUUCACGACCUCUUUUGUUUCGUUAAAUUGUAAUUUAGAUCUAAACAAUCGUGACCGUGGAGAUGCUUAGUAGAGAUUUUGUUUGUUGUCUUGUUGUUUUGAUCGAUCGCCGUAUCAAAUAGCAUAAAGCGAAACGCUCUAAUUCAGUUUUUUUGAACUUGGACUUUUGUUUUGUUUUCUUUGUUCGUUUUUCUUGUCAUUCAUUUUUUUUUCGAAGAUGUGGGAUGCAUAUUUACACUGUUGCUAACUCAAUGCUUUUGAUUCUUUUGAUGUAUAGAAGAAGGAGAGACGAACUGGAAAGUAUGCCUAAAGGGGUUGGGAAUCCUGUGUUCGACACUGACGAUGGACAAAAACCUCUAGAAGAUGUAAAUUAAAUACAAAAUUAACGAUAGAAUGCUUUGAUAUAAAACUUAAAAUUUAUUUUGUAACGUAGGGUACGUUUUUGGGAAAAUCCUAAAUAUUUUGAAACCAAAUACGAACUUUGUGUUCAUUAAAAAAAAAUCCAAAUUAAGAAUUUAAGUUGACGUAAUCCACAAAAACAGGAGUAUUGGCUCCUGACAAACGCAAUGCAUUCAUAAAAUCCAAUAUAAAAUACGAUUCAGGAUUUGGGAUUUGCGUUUCUUUCAGUACGAAUCUGGCAUGCUUUUUAUAUGAAAUAGAACAAUGCGAUGCAAUAAGUGGCUGUGAGUGGGAUGUAGACGACACUAGAGACCAACGCUAGUUCUUUGUGAGAAAAAUGCCUUUUAAACUAUACCGGUGCGCACGCCGAGGUUCCUAAAACGGAGCAGUAUAAGAUUUUAGAUAACUAAUUACUUGCCCCUCCGCUAAAUCAACAUUUUGCCCCAUGUAAGACAUUACUGCUGCUGCCGAGUUGGGACAGAGGUAGGGUGAAAAUGAAAAUAUUAAGUCCGCCUCGUUCUAUAACCUGUUCGGGCAAAUAUUGCCGUCACUCGGAUUUUUCGUCUAUUUCUAUGUAACAAAUUCAAAGCAUUUGAGGCCAAGAUUCGGGCCUUGAAGAAUAACAGCCUAAGAUGAUACGAGUGCGAUGUGCAGAUGUUCAAUUUAUUGCAGAGAUGCGUUAGUGUGUAGGUGUCAAUGCUAUUACUAGGUAGCCUGCGUUGCAGUCGGCCCACGCACUCGUCCAAACCAUUUGUGAAGGUUAAGAGCGUCUGAGGUGCAGGAAAGGCUAUUGGGCGGUAAAAACUACAUUUCCAAUGGUAUACUCCAAUAUACUGCUUUGCUAUUUUUUUUGUUUGUUUUGUUUUGUUUUGCGUUGUUUUCUUUUUUUUGGUGGUUUUUAACUAUGAUCACAAAAUAACAUUAAACGCUGGUAAGAGAAAUGUUAAGUAGGCUCCUUUGAAUGGCGCGCGAAACUGCACUUAAAGUAAAGCAUGUUUAGUAAAGUAUGUUUAAUGACUCAUAUCGUUUUUUUUUUUUUUUUUUUUUUUUUUUUUUUUUUAUAUACGGUGGCCUUAAUAAUUUUUGUGUGUUUUUUUUUUUUUUCUUUUUUUUGUUAAUCUUUUUUUUUUGUUUUUGGGUUUUUUUUUUUUUUUGGGUGUUUUUUAUUUUUUUUACAAAAUUUUUUUUUUUUUUUGUUUGUGUUAUUUUUAGUUGGGUUUUUUUUAUUGGGCGGUAAAAUUGAAUUAAAAUAAAAAAUUUUUAGUAAAGUUUUUUUUAUGACUCAUUUUGGUUUUUUUUUGUUUUUUUUUUUUUACUUUACGCUAUAGACGCUGGCCCUAGAAAAGUUGAUGUGUUAUUGAUUUCUUAAGUUUGUUCCUAACACUACUUUCCUUUGCUAACAGUUCUUCAUGAGUGAUGUGGACACGAAUAUGUUCGCAACAGAUGACAACUUUAGAAUAAUGGUAAGCGGUCACAUGAGCAACGCUAGUGUAAUCUUUGAAAUAUAACCAUUUGUAUUUUUCGAUUUUUGAGUAUAUCUUCUUUAUACGCCUAGAACAAUGAUAAGGAUAAAAGUUUUACUGGGAGUUGAUGUGUUGAAUCAGAUUCAUCUUUUAGAGAGCGGCAGGUUAAAUUGUUUUCUCUCGUUUCGGUUUGUUAUAGACUAACAAGCCUGGAGCAAUCUCUAUGGAUAAUCCACUCUACCUGUCGGAUCCGUACCAAGACGAAGUAGAAUGCUGACAGGAUGAAAAAGUUUUAAUCCUUGUCCUCACUUCAAUCUUUUUUAGUUAAACAAGCUAAUUUUUGCAUCUAUGCUGAGCUGAUUUUAGCUAGACAAAAACCUUUCUUAAGUUUUGUUAAUGAAAAGUUGUGAACGUGUAAUUAGUUAUAUUAGAAUAUUUUGAUCUGCAAAGUAACGAAUUACAACGCAAUCACAAAUUACAGACCAGGGUAUGUGAUUAAAUUAUUCUCAGUAAUGCCACAAUAGCUUUUUUUCUUUGAGAAAAAAUUGUACCUGAAAAAUAGUCAUAGUUUUCGAGUUUUACUGUUCAACAGUAUCACUGUUCAAAUUUUAGAAUCAACGUUAAAAUAUUGCAUUUAAACACAGCUUGGCCAGCAUGUCUCGGAAUUUGAGUGUAUUCUAUUACUUCGGCUAGGCUGCUUUGAUUUGCUUGUACUUGUUUUAAAAUGACUGUCUAUAUAGUUUCAAAUCAACAUCGAUUUAUAUUGUCAAUAAACAGCUUUUAGUUUAAGUGUUUUUGUAUGAAAGAGAC